CGAAGUCGUAUCCGCUCGUGCCAGCCUAGAGGCUAGAACACGCAUGGCAAUUUUAUGAUAGGGGAGACCACUGAUAGAGAUCAGUGGGGGAGACGAACCCGUUCGUAGUCGGUCCUUCGACGCCUCGUAAGUACGAUUCUGAGGAUUUUCACGCCAUUUUAAUUUCCGAUGCUGAUUCCACUCGCGUGUCAUAACUGAAUUCAGUUGCGUUGUUUGGACCCUCUACGAACUUUCCGUAGUCCCAUACGGCGUACAAGUUCGCCGGCCCGGACCAGGGUCGUAGACAGGGGUGCCGGCUAUAGCGCCACUAUCAAAGUUGGAACGGCGGGAGAACUGCUGGCCUCAAAGGAAAGGCUGUGCGAGCUCCUUCCUCUGGGCCAGCUCUCGUGCACUAAGGGCAGCUGCCAACGUUAUGAGCUCGUGCUUCUAGCUUUCUCUGCGGUACGGGCUCGUUGCUCUUCGGCGCGUGCAGCGUGCUCUGGCUGCGCGUGCACGCUCAAGACACCGGAGAUUUCGUGAAGGACGACCACGCGAUUCCCCGGGGAGGCUCCCAGUAUAACAGCUGUCGCUGUAACAAACACUUUUUAAACACGCGUGCUCCCGAUCAACGCUAGAAAAUAUAUUAGGACAAACAAUAGGUGUAACAUGCAAAUUCGGGCAUUAACGCACAAUACUGCAAUAGUACCGCCCUCAACUUGACUAGUUUCAGUUUCGUUUUAGAGCCUCGCUAGUCCAUAGUGGCCAGCACGCCAGUACUACGCGUUGAUGUGAGCACUCUGCCGGGCACCGUUAGAUUUGGUGACUCAAACGUGGGCUCAAAUCAGCUGCUUUGUUGUUUCUUCCAUGUUUGGAAACAUGAAUUUUACCCUCAAGUCACAGCCAUUAUUUAUGCGCGUUUCUAUCCAGUUGAAGUGUUGCGCGUUGCAGCGGCAAAACUGGUGCUGGAUCGGCUGGAUCGUGUCAUCGCCACCGUCACGUAAAUCAAGGAGAAUGAACUCGUCAUCGAGUCGGAUGGGUGUCUAUUAGCGAGUGACAAGGAAACAGAAACGUGGUAACGUUCUCUUUUUCAGCGGCGAGACAGGCAGGCAGGCUUGAGCGGACCCAGCAUUGAGCUCACCACGAAUUGUGUAGUCAAACGGAUCGACGAUAAGCUACGUCGCAGAGGGGCAGAGGUGCUAAAGGUCUCGGAGUCGCGUUCCGCCCUAGGUCUGUCGAAGGUCCCCGCGAUCGAGGAAAGGCUUCCAAGGCAGCGCAGAGAAUGAGCAGCUAUCCAGGACCCCACAAAGAGGGGCUCCCCAUGUACCCGGGGGCAUCUGCGCCAGCCUACCCCGGAGACCCCCCUCCUCCGUACACAGCCCCGUAUCCCGCCCCGUACCCGGCGGGUGGCUUCCCCGCGUCGCACAGCCUGCCCUCUGGGGGAGGCUAUUGGCCCCAGCCGCAGACGACGCAGCCGAUGGACCACGCGGCCAAGAUGUACCCGGCCCCGGGGCAAGGCUACGGGCAGGCCCCGCCGGCCCCUCCCCAGUAUGCGGGCGCCUCCUACCCGCAGCAGCCCGUCGUGCCUCAGGCGAAUCAGACGACCGUCUACCACGUGCCCGACGCCUUCGACGCGGGCGCAAGGUUUUCUGCCAACACCCCGGCCAGCAUUCCCCCUCCACCCCCGGGAGUGAUGCCCAAUGCAGCUCAGCUUGCGGCCAUGCAAGGAAAUCAGGUGGUCUUGGGGCAGAAGAAGUCCACCUUCCUCAGUGGAACUGGUGGAGCAGGCUAUACCUUUUGGUGAACCCCAACCACUGGGACCACAAUAAAGCUGAGAGGAAUAAUAUAACCAGAACAGGACAGGACAUUUGUCGAUGAAUGUGCCACCACUCCCAUUGUUUAAUUUUGAGGUAUACUAUAUGUGUGUCUUGCUGUCAAUUCAAACAAGUACUGUUUUCAAGCUUGAUCCUUUAAUUCUGCUUAUUUACAGGCAGUUUUGUUGUAGUAGUGCAUGCAGCUAACGUGACCAAGUACUCAGUCUUCGAUGCCAAUUCCCUUCCAUGAUAAUAUAAUUGUGCACUCGUUGCUUUUACACUCGCUCUGUAUAUCGUAAGUUGAACCAAUGAAUAAAAGAGAUGUUAGAAUGAA